AUGCUGUCAUUGCAUGCAAAAUGCAUAAUCUUCGCCCUUCUUUCAUAUUUCGCCAUUUUUACGGUUGACGCCAAGAGCUCGGAUCGCAUUAAGCAAGCCUUCGACCGGCACAGCGGUUCUAGUCAUGCAGCCAAGACCAGCAACAACACGUACAAAACGUCUUUCACUGGCGUCACCUGGGAUGAGGACAAUUGGAUUCUUAGUACGACAGAACUUUAUCAGGGUCACUAUCAGACUCGCGGUUCAGUUGCAAACGGCUACUUGGGAAUCAACGUUGCUGCGGUUGGACCAUUUUUUGAGAUAGAUGUUGACGAGAACGGCGGCGUCAUCAGUGGCUGGCCUCUGUUCUCAAGACGUCAAACCUUUGCGACUAUUGCUGGUUUCUGGGACGCCCAGCCAAAAGCUAACGGAACAAACUUCCCUUGGCUCGAUCAAUAUGGCUACGACAGUUUCAUCAGCGGUGUUCCGCAUUGGAGCGGACUCAUUCUAGACCUAGGCAACGACACAUAUCUGGAUGCGACAGUUGACAACAAAACUAUUGCCGGGUUCAGAUCUACGUAUGACUUCAAGGCUGGGGUUCUUGAGUGGUCGUACAAGUGGACACCUAAGGGCAAGCAUGGAUCAUUCGAUGUCAACUACCGAUUAUUUGCAAACAAACUACAUGUCAACGAGGCUGUCGUGGAUCUGACAAUUAUUCCAUCGGCCAACUCGGAAGCGACGAUAGUCAAUAUCCUCGACGGAUACUCGGCAGUACGUACAGACUUUGUCAAAUCCGGUCAAGAAAGUGAUGGCGCCAUAUUCUCGGCCGUCCGACCAGUCGGCAUCGCCAACGUUACUGCCUAUAUCUACGCUCAAGUAACAGGGUCCAAAUCGUUGGAUCUGUCACGGCGUAAACUAGUGCAUGACAAGCCAUAUGUGCAUACAAAUCACUCUUCCGUCGCGCAAACGAUACCUGUCAAGUUCUCGGCUGGGAAAGCUAUCCAAAUCACCAAAUUUGUCGGAGCUGCUUCUUCUGAUGCAUUUGAUGACCCCCAAAAGACGGCAAAAGAGGCUUCACAAAGGGCCCUGAAAGAUGGAUACGAUAAGUCUCUCGAGGCACACGUCACUGAGUGGGCAAGUGUCAUGCCGGAUGACUCCGUCGAUAGUUAUGCUUCCCCACAGACUGGCGAGCUUCCCGACGAUGAGUACAUUAUUGACUCGGCUAUCAUUGCUGUCGCAAACCCGUACUAUCUUCUACAGAACACAGUGGGCAAGAAUGCGAUCAAGGAAGUCUCAAACGCAAGUGUCAACAUUGAUAGUAUCUCAGUUGGUGGCCUUACUUCUGACUCAUACGCUGGGCUGGUCUUCUGGGACGCUGAUCUCUUCAUGCAACCUGGUCUGACAACAUCCCACCCUGAGGCAGCUCAGCGUGUAACAAACUAUCGCGUAGCGAAAUAUGAGCAGGCAAAGAAGAACAUUAAGACUUCUUUUGCUGGCUCCCAGAACAAGACCAAGUUUUCUUCUGAUGCUGCAGUGUAUCCGUGGACCAGUGGACGAUUUGGAAAUUGCACCGCUACUGGUCCUUGUUGGGAUUAUGAGUACCAUUUGAAUGGAGAUAUCGGAAUAGCCAUGAUCAAUCAAUGGGUGACGAGUGGCGACACAGAACACUUCAAGAAAACAUUGUUUCCGGUUUAUAAUUCGAUGGCGAGCCUUUUCGAUAACUUGCUUAAACCGAAUGGCUCAUCUUGGACCAUCACCAACAUGACUGAUCCUGACGAGUAUGCCAACCACAUUGACGCUGGUGGAUUUACAAUGGCCCUUGCUUCGGAAACCCUCAUGCAAGCCAGCGAAAUUCGUCGACAGUUCGGCCUGACCGAAAACAAGACAUGGGACAAGAAGGCCUCUGAUGUACUCCUCAUCCGAGAAAACGAUGUCACUCUAGAAUUUACAACUAUGAAUGGUAGCGCCAUUGUUAAGCAAGCGGACGUUGUCCUCCUAUCCUUUCCUCUAGGCUACAAGGAUAACUACACGGAUCAGAAUGGGUUGGAUGAUCUGGACUAUUAUGCGAACAAGCAGUCUCCCGAUGGGCCUGCAAUGACCUGGGCCAUCUACUCCAUCGUCGCUGACGAGCUCUCACCUUCCGGCUGCUCCGCAUACACCUAUUCUCAGUACUCUUACAAACCCUACGCACGCCCGCCAUUCUAUCAGCUUUCUGAACAAUUAAUCGACAACGCGGAAGCAAACGGCGGCACUCAUCCAGCAUUUCCGUUCCUCACUGGCCACGGCGGUGCAAACCAAGUUACGAUAUUUGGCCAUCUCGGAUUACGACUUAUGCCUGAUGACAGUCUGCAUGUUAACCCUAACUUGCCACCCCAGAUUCCGUAUCUGAGGUAUCGUACCUUUUAUUGGCGUGGAUGGCCUAUUCAGGCCUGGUCGAACUACACUCAUACCACUAUCCAGCGACAUCCAGAGGCUGAACCUCUCAGUGUCGCGGAUCGUCGAUACACGAACAAGAGUAUCAAAGUCUAUGUCGGACCGCAGGGAGAUCCUGAUCUUCAUCAGCUCUCUUUCGACAAACCUGUUACUAUCCGCAACCGGCAGAUAGGCACCAAGAAGACUGUCAAAGGCAACUUGGCUCAGUGUCGGCCUGUCAAGUCCUCCAACGCAUACGAACCUGGCCAGUUUCCAAUCGGGGCUACAGAUGGCGCUACUUCGACUAAGUGGCAACCUUCGAAGGCCGACCAAGUUAGUUAUCUGACAGUGUCUUUCGCCGAGAAGGAUCUUGGGACUUCCGUCAGGGAGUUUUACUUCGACUGGGCUCAGGCUCCUCCCGUAAACGUAACAGUGCUCUUCCACAACAAAACCCUCGAUAACUCAGCCGAGAUCCAUGCACUAUAUGGUAAAGACAAGGACUCAAGUUACCAAGUUGUUGCUUCAAUAAAGAAGCUGAGACAAUCGGAUCCCUACGACGUAAAGACCACUAACCUGGGCGCCGUCGUGUUACCUACGGGAAACACCACCAAUGCCACUCUUUUGAAACCUGUUCCAUUAUCUCGAUAUGCCACAUUGCUGAUCUAUGGAAACCAAGCUCUGAGCGAUGUCGAUAAGAAAGCUAAGAAUGGUACUGGAGCGACGGUUGCUGAGUGGGCAAUCCUACACUAA